UUCGAAUGUCAAUGCCAAAAUAGAAGGUUAAUUUUUUUUUUCAAAAUUUCUGUUCAAAAUGGAAGCGGUUUGUGGGAAAGUCGCGUUAAUCACGGGAACUACUUACGGUAUCGGAGCUGCUUAUGUGAAAGAUCUUUUUCAAAACGGUCUAAAGGCAUGCACGAUGUCAGAUAUAGAUCCAAAAGGACAAGAAUUGGCCGACGAAAUGAAUUGCAAAUAUGGGGAGGGCAAAGCGUUAUUCAUACAAGCCGACGCCAUUCAGAAGGAUGCGCUGGAAUGUGUAUUCGAGAAAAAUAUGCAAACAUUCAAAGGCUUAGAUAUCGUGGUGAACAACGCAGGAAUCCUCCGUGAUUCGUUGUGGGAACAGACCAUAGACCUCAACAUCAAAUCGACGAUACACGGGAGUCUCUUGGGUAUUAAGUAUAUGGGAAAAAACAACGGUGGAAACGGUGGAACCGUUGUAAAUACUUCUUCAAUUUUGGGAAUGCAACCGUGUUUCGGCUGCCCAGUUUACACAGGUACCAAACACUUUGUCAUCGGGUUCGAUAGAUCCAUGGGCUCGCCCUUCUUUUUCAAUUUAACGGGAGUUAAGUUUCUAACAAUAUGUCCCGGCGUUACCGAAACACCGAUGGUAUGGGACGCCGACAAAUGGACGCUGCAGGGGUUUCCCGGUUUAGGUCAGGAACUUGCUGCCUUGCUGCAGUCAAUGCCGACUCAGACGACUCAACCCAUAGCAGAAGGAUUGCGAAAAAUGUUAAAUGAAGGCGAAAAUGGAAGCGUGUGGGUUGGUGAAGAUAACAUGUUCUACGAAGUAGAGAUUCCGGAUAGAAAAACGUUUAAGAAGAAAAUAUGCUGAGUAACAUUUGUAUUCAUGUUUGCUGCAGAUUUUCAGUAAAUGUAUGUCUUGGUCAAAGAUGUGUAUUUCAAUAAUAAGUAUAGAAACUGCCCUAGUAUACAACA